GAGCUGUUUGCCUGCAGCCUUGUCAAUCAAUCUGGCAUGCGUCGCUUGAAAAGAACGCCCCAAAAAGGCCGCCGAGUACAAAUGCCCCAAUUGCCCCAUUGAUUAACAAGAAAUCAUCCCGAUCUUUGCCCUUUUCAAGUCAAUUAUAAGAAGUCAUCAAAGAACUGCGUGAGAAUCCAUCCAACUCAUUCAUUCUUGCAUACCAAACGAAAAGAUCUAUGGACAUCAAGCAAUCGACACCCUUCACAAUGCCAAAAUCAAAUCAAUCAUUGUCGUCAUCACCUGCCUACAUUAUUCAUGGUGAUCCAUCUGUAACAAGUAGUGAGAUCUUGCCAAUGGUGCCGGUAAACCAGCCAACUACCCCAACUUCUCAUGAAAGAGCAGUGGAUUCAGCUGCGACGACUCAGCAAGUCGAUGCAUCAAAUUUCACGAUAACAGCACCUGUCAAUUCAAAUUCUAUGGCAGGCUCCAGUAAACCAGGAAGUGCCAAAAUUCACCCUGAUGAAUUGCUUUCAAAGCUUGAGAAUGUUAUCCAGCAGCUAGAGUCGUCCCAGGAAGAACGUCUCAUUACACGGCUUGAGAAUGUUCUAUCACGCCAGGCAGAGGCAAAUUCAAGUUUGUCAAAUGAGAAGACAGACACCAGAGAACCAAUUAAGCUUAAAGAUGCAGUUGGGAGACGCUUCAGCUUCCCUUAUCACCGAUGUGAGACCUGGGCAGGAAUCUCAGAACUUAUCAAAGCAGCAUUUCUUCAUGUCGAAAUCAUUGGCCCACAUGUUAGCGAAGGACAUUACGAUAUUAUGAACCCUGCUGGGGAAGUCAUCCUUCCUCAACUCUGGCAAUAUUAUGUUCAGCCUGGAUGGGACAUCUCCAUGUCAAUGUGGCCAAUUCCUGGCCCUCCCAAGUCAAGAAUUCCGGCACCAACACCGAACACGCCAGUACAUGUUAUCGUGGAUAAAGUACUCAGACCCGCUCCAAACUGCUUUCAGUCGCAUUAUCCACCUAGCUAUUCUAGCGAUUCGAGUGUUCAGGGGAAAGGGAUUCGGGCAUUAUGGCAAAAAAUGAAAGGGAUAUUCAAGAGUAAACACAUGAUCUGUGACACGAAUAGCUGCGAGUCUGUUUAUUGUGAUUAAUUCCUAGUUCAUCAUUUUCCGUCAGUUCGAGGUCGGGCGAUUUGGUCUUAAAAUAAAUGAGUUUAUUUCGUUCCACAAAAGUUAAGUAACUUCUGGACUGUUUAACUUCCUAAUUAUUUAACAAUUCGUCAUCAUUAAGAAAUAUUCAAGAUAAAUUUAUGUCACCUACCUUUGUGCUUGUAAGUGUCUCAAAGUGGAUGGAGUUUAAUGGAAUGGCAGCCAAGGAAUCAGUAAUUUUGCUAGAUAUUUCACAAUGCUAGAUUUUUGAUAGUCAAAAUUUUACUAGUUUUUCCCUCACA